GUCAAUCAACCUCUAGGCCACCACUCUUUGAUGGCACCAACUACUCUUAUUGGAAGGAACGGAUGAGAAUCUAUAUUCGUUCCACCAACUUCCAAUUGUGGUUGGUGAUCAAAAAUGGCAAAGAAAUCCCUAUGAAGAAAGUGGGAGAAACCACGGUCCCAAAGACCGAAGACGAAUUUGAUGCCGAGGACAUCAAGAAGAUCGAAAACUAUGCAAAGGCCAUCAAUAUGCUAUAUUGCACGGUCAACACCGAUGACUACCGAAAGAUCUCCUGUUGCACAACCGCCAAGGAGAUGUGGGACAAGCUUGAAGUGACGUACGAAGGUACCGAUCAAAUCAUCAACGAUCUUCAUGCUCUCAAAAAGACCUACACCAACAAGGAUCUUGUGAGGAAAAUCCUGCGGCGUCUCACACCCGAAUGGAGGUCAAAAGCCGAUGCAAUCUACGAAUCCAUCGGAGUCUCCAACGUCACCAUCGACGGGCUAAGAGGUAAUCUUAAAACCUAUGAAUCUACUAUUCUAACCCCGUCUUUGGAUGAACAAAAGAAAAAGGGGAUAGCUCUCAAAGCCACCAAGGAACCAGUGGAAGAGGCUUCAAGCGAUGACGACAAUGAAUUCGGGCUCGUCAUCAAAAAGUUCCACAAGUUCAUGAAGAAGGAAUUUGAGCGAAAGGGAAGGAAGCACGACGGUCCUCCCAAAUGCUACGGCUGUGGCGAGAUUGGCCACAUCAAGCCAAGGUGUCCAAAGGCCAAACAUGGCAAGGACAAGCCUGGCUUCAAGAAGCAAAGGGCCUACAUCUCUUGGGGUGGCGAUUCCGGAGACGAAUCAACCGACCAAGAGGAGGAUGAAGCUGCAAAUCUCUGCCUCAUGGCACACGAAGAUCAAAGCGACGACGUCCAAGAG